AACCAGAAGCUGUGGAAGAAGGCAGCGAAGGCAGCUUCCUCCGGAAACUCCCUUCACUUUUCUCGCUUCCUUUCCUACCUCUCCAGAGGAAUUCGUUAUCAAGCAUCUAAGUAAUGGAAUAAACUUUUAGCUUCUGGAACCAUGAAUAGAGAAAUCUUUGCAGAAACGUCAGUUAGAGACUUUUCCAGCAAGAGCCAGGGCAUUGAGUGCUUUCAAAGGAGGUUCAGCGCUUGGACACCAAUUAUCAACAAAUCAUUAAAUAAGCAGCUCUUUCAGGAAAGAGUUAGUCUUAUAACUCAUUGGUUUGAUCUGUGGACUGACAAGCAACGUAAAGAAUUUCUACUUAGAAUAUUGCAAAAUUGCAGUCACUCACAACUAAAGUUUGUCAAAGACUGGUUUUCUGAGAAGAUUCCAGUGGUCAAAGUGGAUUUCUGUACAGUGUUGCCACGUUUCAUUUCUCUGUACAUCUUCUCCUUCCUGAAUCCCAUGGAUUUGUGUGCUGCUGCACAAGUUAACUGGCCUUGGAAGUUUUUAACUGAACAGGAUUGCUUGUGGAGGCCAAAGUGCAUUAGGUUUGGAUGGUUUCUACCUUACGAUCCCCCAGAAAAUGAGUACGGUGCUUGGAAGCGUCAUUACAUUGCCUGUGUUGCCACCUUGGAUUGGCUGACCCCAAGGGAAGCUUCUGCCGUCUACGGGACCCUCAAUGAACCCAAAUCAGAAAAUGAGGAACAAGAAGAAAGGCAAAGAGAAAGACGCCUAAGAAAAAUUAUUUGGGGGAGACUAGCACUCCAUAAGAGAGAGUUAUUCAAAGUUCGACCCCCUUGGAUGAGUGGAACUUGUUGCUCUACAAUGUUAAAAUCCAAAUGCCAGCCAAAACUCCCACAGGUUAUAAAGGAUCGCAUAGGAUUGAGUGCAGCUUUGGAGAAACAGCUUGUUUUAGCAUCUUUAGAAGCCUUACCUAAAAAAAAGAACGCACCUGGAAGUCAUUCUUAUCCUCUGUUAUCAAAUAAGCAUUACCACAGGGUUGAUCAGAAGUAUGGCAGCUUUUCACAUUCAGUCCAGACUUCUCUAGUGUUGAUAUCAUCUCGGAUUCCUGCAUAUGAGAUGGUUGUGGACAGUGUUAAGACUGAUGUCAUUCCUCUGGUGUAUGAAUAUACUGGCUUGACUUUGGAAAGUCUACUGCUGCUUGUAGAAAAAGUUCUUGAUGGUCGGAAUGUACGGAGUAUUGGGAUAUUUAGUGAUGGAGAUUCCAGAGAAAUCAAUUUACUACAAGGCUAUACAAUUGGUGUUGAAAAUGUGCUGACCCCUGAGGUACGAGACUUUUGGGAGAAACUUGGAAGUUGUGUGGCUACUCAAGAAGAAGGCGGUCAUGUUGAUAUUUUUGUCCCUCUCGCAGCAUCAGAGGCAGGCAUCAAAGUCCUUUCCCAGCUGUCUCAGUUGACUGGAACAAUGUUUAGCUCCCCCACAGGGAUAGCAACAGGAUCCUACCAACACAUUCUUAGUGAUUGGCUGGGACAGAAGCAAGGAACUUCCCCCCCUUCCAUUUACUUCUGUGACCGCAAGCUCCAGACAUGGCACAGCUUCACGGAAUUCCUGGAAGAGACCCUGAAAUCAGUCCGGAAGCAGCUGAGGCCUCACUUUGAGGAGCUGCAAAGAAACAUCAGUGGCAAGAUUCUUGGGCAGUUUAUGUUUGAUUCUCUGAGCCUUGCUAAUGUUCUAGCCAAUCAAGAAACAGCUCAGGUCCUAGCUGAAGGAUUGAUUGAGCUGUCAAAGGAGAAAUCAGAAAAUCCACUAGAAUAUCUGUCGUAUUUUCUGCUGAAGAAAUCUAGCAAAAAGAACAAAGAAUUUGAUGGAAAUUUUAUCUCGACAAAAUGUGAUGCAACAACUCUCAGUUUAUUAACAAAGGAAAGAAAUAUGAAAGAAAAUCAUUCUCAGGACAGAAAGACUAGUGAAGAUGAUUUAAAACUCGAGGUGUUCAUUAAUUUGGAAAGGAAGCUCCAGAUGGAUUUCGCAGAAAAGAGGACUAGAAUUGCUGGAGAGCUCUUGAAAAGCGAGAGAAAGUAUGUACAGAUGUUGGAAACUGUGAGAGAUGUUUAUGUCACUCCACUGAAAGCAGCCCUGGCAUCAAACAGAGCCAUCCUAAGUUCCAUGGAUGUCCAGAUCAUCUUCUCUGAUAUACUGUGUGUCUUAGAUCUCAACAGGCAUUUUCUGGGAGAACUGACAGGGAGGCUCCAAGAAUGGGGUCCAGCACAAUGCCUGGGAGAAAUAUUCACCAAGUUUGGACUUCAGCUGAAAACAUAUACUAACUUCUUCAACAACUACCCUAUUGUUCUGAAGACAAUUGAAAAGUGCAGAGAAAUGAUUCCAUCCUUCCGGGCAUUUUUGAAGAGGCAGGACAAGACCAUUGUUACAAGAAUGAUGAGCCUGCAGGAGUUGCUCUUGUACCCACCAAGGAGAUUUGAGGAAUAUGUUAACCUUCUCUAUGGUCUGCGGCUUCACACGCCUUCAGAGCAUGUUGACCGGGGAGAUCUGACUACUGCAAUCAAGCAAAUGAAAAGAUACAUAGCUUACAUAAAUCAGUUGAAACAAAACAUCAACAGGAAAGAUCAGUUGUCAGACAUAGAAAGGAGCAUCUGUGGGUGCCCUACUCUCUCAGAAGGCACCAGAUUCCUAAUUAGAGUACAAGAUGUGGCCCAGCUUCACUACUGCAAUGAGAAAGUCAGCUUCUCAUUGAGGUUCUAUGAACACAUCCAUGACCUCAGCUUCUUUCUCUUCAAUGACUCACUUCUUGUUUCUCGUCGGACUGUAGCUCACACCCCGUUUGAAAGGACUACUCAGACGACAUAUCACUUUCUAGCACUGGUAGCCCUUCACCAGCUGCUAAUAGAAGACAUCCCAGACUCUAAAUGUACCAAGAAUGCAUUUGUUCUACAAGGCCCAAAAUGUCAAUGGAUUUGUUCAACAGUGAAUGAGGAUAAAUUGGUAUGGUUAUCAGUGUUGCAGAGUGCAAUCAGAAGUAGAAUUGAGAAGUAUGACUAGACAUGAAAACACCAAAGGAACUCAUUAGUUGUUCGGAAGGAUUCAUGCUAAAUGUCUAAGAGCUGAUAUUAAAAGGACUCUCUCAUUGGAUGGAAGGUUAACUAGGAUGGCACCUUCUAACUCUAAAUGUUAUGAUUCUGUGAUCUAUCCUCAAACAUUUAUUAUAAUUAACGUAAACAAUUAAGCUCAAUAUUUUGGACCCCUCCCUUUGGUAACUGAUUUUAAUGACCACUGUUAACUUGUAAUGCUUUAAACAAAUUGAUUCAAGGAAGACAGUAAAUCUGCAUUCUGUGCUCUAAAUGAGUAACAAAACCAGGAGAAAUUAUUGCACAUGAGUGUACACACACAUACACACAUUCACAGUG